GGUCGCAGUACUCGUCGCCAUACUCGCCAUUGGUGCCCAUGUGGAACUGUAUAUAGAGGGCUCUAAUGAUACCCCUCUGGGUGGAUGAUGCGAGUGUACGUGACUGAGGUGAGCAGAUGAUCUGAUGCCUCUGAUGGUCAUCUGCUGUCAUCGUCUGCUCCUGCUGCUAGCGAUCACGAUUUGGGGUCAAUUGGGUCCAGAUUGCGGUCUAGAUGACGGGCCUGACGCACCACACUGACCACACCACGUUGACGACGUCUCUGCUCCCGAGGCUCCCGUUCAGUUAAGAGCGAUAAAAUCGCUGCAGAGUGCAGAGCGACGACGCGGACGCGAGAUCGGCGAGAUCGGCGAGAUUCGACAUUCGACACCGGCAAUUCGGAUGGAAAAUUCGGUCGGCCAUUCUCGAUUAGACGAGCGUGAAUUAUUUAGAGAGACGACGUUCGCGACGAGACGGUGAUCAUGGUGAGCGCGAGCAGCGUCGUGGCGCAUCUCGUGAAAUUGCUGGUGACUGCGGUAUGCAUGAGACACCUCGCCGAGCCCUACCGGGCGAAGGCCCUGCCGCGUACGUGGUCCUUGCGUGCCUUUCGAAUCCUCUUCAUGCAUUCGAUCCUGGGGAUCUUCAGAUUCGGAGUUCCAUUUACUUCGUCAUCGACACCUACAGCAAGAUGCUUCCGAAGUUUUUACGAUUGGUUUUCCAAUGUCAUUGAAAUUGUUCCUUUGGCAUUGCUGACAUCCGGUAUAUUGAGUGCAUAUCAGAUAGACGAAAGGAUUCGUAUGCUGCUAUUGUUUCUUGGUACAGUACCGAUAUUUUUUCCACUAGCAAUAAAACAGAAGGAAAGCCAAAUCAGGAAACUGCGUUUUUUUACCAAUAUUACUGUCGUGCUGCAAAUACUGGCGAUAAUGAUACUCGGCUUGAAAAACGGCAAUUAUAAUGAGGACGAUGAUCAAAAAGUGGCUGUGAUGCGUAAGGCGUUCCAAAUGUUCGACACAACGAAAAGUGGUUUCAUCGAGACUAUGAAAAUCUCAACGAUACUAAAUACAAUGGGACAACUAUUUGACGAUGGCGAAUUAAAAACCGUGAUCGAGGAAAAUGAUCCCGAAGGUGUCGGCAAAGUGAAUUUUGACGGUUUUUGCAAGAUCGCCGGGCGGUUUCUCGAAGAGGAGGAUGCGGAGGCGAUGCAGGAGGAACUGAAGGAAGCGUUUCGAUUAUACGAUCGCGAAGGUAACGGAUACAUUACCACGGCUACGUUGAAAGAGAUUUUAGCGGCGCUCGACGAUAAACUUACUAGUUCCGAUCUCGAUGGAAUAAUCGCGGAGAUUGACACGGAUGGUUCCGGUACGGUAGAUUUUGACGAAUUUAUGGAAAUGAUGACUGGAGAAUGAUUGUACAUGAAAACGAUGACGGCUUUACAUCGCUCGAAGAGGAUCGCUAAGAAGACAAUAAACUAAUUUCUUAAUAAAAUAAUAUUUGUGCAAAAGA